AUGAUUCCAACAUCUAUUGUACAUAAUUCUGAUGCUGAUCAACAGCAAAAAUAUAAUCGUUAUGGAUGGGGUAAUUUUCGAUGUGGUGGAAUUUUAAGUCGACCUUUAUUUGCUUAUAUUAUUUUAUGUAUAUGUACAUUUAUUCAAAAUUUUUCGGUAAAUGGUGCCAAUAAUGCUGUUAUUUCAACUAUUGAACGUGUAUUCUAUUUAAAUAGUGUACAAUCUGGUUUAUUUCUUGCUUUAUAUGAUUUAGCAACUGUUAUUUCAGCACCAUUAGUUGGUUAUUUAGGUGGUUUAUAUUCUUCACCGAUGUUUUUUUCAUUAAAUAUGAUUAUUGUUUCUAUUGGAAAUGUAAUUAUUGGAUCAAGUAAUUUUUUAACUGGAUACAAUACAUUGAAUUUUAAUUCUGAUGUAACACAAAAUUUAGCAACAACAGAUAAUGUACUUUUUCAAUGUUAUAAAAAUCCUUUUGGUAAUGGAAAUGUAACCGAUACAACAUGUUUAAAUAGUGGGCAUCUAUCAAAUACAUUAACAAAUGCAAAAGUUCUUUUAUACUUAGGAAAUUUUAUUAAUGGUAUAGGAAGUGUUGCAUUAUUUACUAUUGGUGUUGCUUAUAUUGAACGAAUAUUUCCACGUGAAAAAGCAGCUUAUUGUCAAGGUAUUUAUUUUGCUGUAGGUACUAUUGGUGGUGCACUUGGUAUUGUUGCGACUGGAAGAUUUCUAUUACUCUAUACUAACUUUACAUCUAAACAACAACUUCCAUCAUGGUUAAAACCUAAUCAUCCAUUAUGGAUUGGAUGUUGGUGGUUACCCUAUCUAAUUUAUGGUUCAUUAUGUUUUCUUAUUGGAAUUUUUGUAUCGGGUUUACCAAAUUAUGAAAUACCUGGUAAAAAACGUAUCAUUCAUUCUACUGAAUCCAAUCAACAACCUAAAAAUAUUUCAAUUGUUCAAGAGGAUGAUUCAAUACCUGAAACAAGAACUACUUCAUGUUCUGAUUUAAAAAAUCAAAAUCGAUCUCAACUGACAUUUUCAUCCAUAGAAAAUAAUAGUGAAAAUGGUGUAAUUAAUCAUGCUUUUUCAACAGAUACACUUUAUAAUCAAUUACCAAUACCUAAUUCAAUAACAACUGAUUCACAAAAUCUAGCAGUUCAAAAAACAGAAAAAAGAACCUGGAGAAAUAUGUGUUCUAUUAUUUAUGAACUUAUAAGAAAUACACGAUAUGUUUUUGUUGUUAUUGCUAAUUUAUUCGAAGGUAUUCUAUUGAAAGGAUUUGUACCAUUUAUUACUAAAUAUUUUGAAUAUCAACAUCAAUUAGAUACAUCAACAGCAACAUUAAUAACUGGUGCUAUUGCUUUAUUAUCAGUUAUUAUUGGUUGUCCAAUAGGUGCCUAUUUUAUGAAUAAAUAUUCUUGGACAUCAUUACAAUGUGCACGUAUUUGCAGUAUUCUAUUAGUAAUUUCAUCAUUUCUCUUUCUAUUUUUGAAUUUCUCUUGUCCGGAACUUAAAUUUCAACAUACAUCCUGUUCUUCUGUCAAUGCACCCUGUUGUCAUAAUAUUUAUCGUCCAGUAUGUGAUAUAAAUGAUCAUCUUAAUAUGUUUCUAUCACCAUGUCAUUUUGGUUGUAUUAAUCAAACAAGAAUCAUCAGUAAUAAUACUAAUUUAUAUUAUUCAUGUAAUUGUGGAGAAAAUACAAUUCUUAGUGAAACAGCUUGUCGAUUUCGACAAAUACCUUGUAAAGCAGUAUUUGCUUUAACAAUGAUAGGUGCUACAUUUGUCGUCUUUUUUACAGCAUUUAUUCAAGUUCCAUUAUUACACGUACUUCUUUAUAGUGUUCCAUUAUCUUAUCAAAAUAUGGCACUUGCACUUCGUCAAACUAUUGUUCGAGUAUUAGGACAAACAACUGGUCCAUUAUUAUUUGGUUUUGUUUUCGAUCAAUCAUGUUUAGUAUGGCUUACAGAUUGUUAUUCUCGACGAACAUGUAAAGUAUAUAAUAAUCGUCGAAUGGGUUUAUCCAUGGCUUUAUCAGGUUUUUUAACAAGAUUAAUAUCUGGUAUUGCUUGUGGUGUUGUUUUUUUCAAUUGGAAAUUUCGACAUUCUAAUGAGGAUGAAAUCUCUCCGAAUAUAGUGCCUGUAAAUAGUGAUGUUUCAAUACAAAAAAAUGACAGUGAUGAAAUAACUCGAUUGUAA